AUGUCGACGGGGGAGGAAGACGGAGAACCGUUAAGCCCGAUGGCGCGUGUAUUCCAGUCGCCAGGCAACGACUGCUGCGUUAUCACCAUGAUCGGUUGCAAAACCAAGAUCAAUGCUGACGUCAUUCGAAGUGGCUUGAAAGAGAAUAUUUCCAAGCAUCCUCGUUUCUCAAGCAAACUGUCACAAGAUGGUUUAAGUUGGAUUAAGACUCAAGUCAACAUAGAAGACCAUAUAUUUGUAGCAGAUAAAGACCAGAAUGAGAUUGCAGAAGAUGGAGAACUCUUUGUUGAGGACUACGUUUCACAUCUCACAAUGAUUCCUCUCAAUAAAUCAAGACCUUUAUGGGACAUUCACAUCCUAAACAUCAAAACAUCUGACGCAGACGCGGUAUGUGUAAUAAGAUCUCACCAUUCGUUAGGAGAUGGAACAUCCCUCAUGUCUCUCUUAGCUGCAUGCACUCAGACAACAUCACACCGAGACAAAGCUACUAUUCCUGCUCUUAAACGGCAUAAAAGGGUGUAUAAAGACAAAGUCUCAUGGUUCGUAAGGUUGAUACUAGCCAUCUUUUCAUCGGUGAGAUUGAUUUGGAACACUUUUGUGGAUCUUGUGCUGUUCUUGGCGAUUGCUUUGUUCUUGAAGGAUACAAAAACGCCUCUAAAAGGCGAUGUGGGCGUGGAGAGUAGUCCGAAGAAAUUUUGUCACCGGACUGUCUCAUUGGAUGACUUAAGAGUUAUAAAGGAAGCUACGAGCAUGACUAUCAACGAUGUUCUACUUGGAGUUACACAAGCUGCUCUUUCACGCUACUUGAACAAUUUUCCUGGUAAAAUACGACUUACCGCAGGUGUUUUUGUAAACCUAAGGCCCGACACUGGAAUCCAGCCACUGGCGGAUAUGAUGGCGAAGAAUUCAAAAUGUAGAUGGGGAAAUUACUUCAGCUCUAUUAGCUUCCCCAUCUCGAUAUGUUUAGAGGCUGAUCCAUUAGUGUACCUAUCAAAGGCUAAAUCAGUUAUGGAUCGGAAAAAACACUCUCUUCUACCUUCUUUAGCAUUUUCGAGUACAGAAUUCAUCUUCAAUACCUUCGGAGCUAAGUUAGGUGGGACAUUACUCAAACGUCUUGUUUCGAACACAACCACAUUCAUUUCAAACAUGAUUGGGCCUACCGAUGAAAUCAGUUUUCAUGGCCAUCCUAUUCUGUACAUCGCCCCAAGUGUCUAUGGGCAUGCUCAUGCAUUGACUAUACAUUUCUUAAGUUAUGCGGAAAAGAUGGUAAUCUCCAUUGCGGUCGACCCGAAUGUCAUACCAAGUCCCCACCAGCUUUGUGAUGAAAUAGAGGACUCUCUGAAAGCUAUCAAAGCCGCUCUCCUAGAAAGAGGAUUACUCUAGCAGUGUGUCAUGAAAUUUGGAGCUCUUUUACAAUUACUAAAAUUUGGAGUUGAUAGCUCAAACACGGUACUACCAUUUAACUAUCAAAGAAAGUGCCGCGAGUAUUCUAAGUUCGGAGUGAGAGUCCACUGGCAUGGAACAAUAGAAAUACAGAUUUCUCUUUCUUCAAUCUCUUUUUUCUGCAACACCUAAAGCCGCCGGAGAUUUGCAAGAUCAAACUCGCUACAGCUUCGAUAUCUCUGAUUCAGCAAUCAUCGAGCAGCCUCAAACGCCAGGUCCCUCCCUCGCCCUUCUGUAGACACUCGCGGUGUUUUGAUUUACGAUGACGACGUGGAGGUAGACAAAAAAAUCGCUGGAGUUCGCGCAAUCCGUGUGGAAGUCGAACC